GCGAGGUUUUCCGUCUCCAACACGUAGCCUCAACGUGUAUUUGCCUCGUUCACUACAUCUGGUAUGAAUUUAUAGCGUUUUGAUUUGAUUUACUCUAGUUGGAGCAGAAGAUGGCAGAGAACGGCUGUCAUCUCGACCCGCAGACUCGGGCCGGGGCGGAUCCGAAAGCCCUGGAAGGGUCCGGUUGUGGCCUGUCUCAGUCUCAGAGCGAGGUUCUGGAGCGCUGUCUGCAUGCUCUCACUCACGCCAAGAAUGACAGCCAUGUUUUAGCAGCGCUGCUCCUGAUCACGCGCUUGUGUCCGGCCGGACAGCUGGACUCCGGGACUCUCCAUCGGAUCUUCGAAGCGGUCGGCCUGAAUCUUCCCGCACGUCUUCUGGUCACAGCGUUCCGAGGUGAAGACGGGUCGGGGUUACCCCCGCAGGACCUGAUCUCUCUGGGCUCGGCUCUGCUGGCAGCUCUCAGCACGGACGCUAGCAUGGUCGCGCAUCCACAGCUUCUCAGCACAAUCCCUCUGAUUCUGAGCGUUGUGGAGAAUGGACCCACCCGGACAGAGAGAGUUAAUGAAUCCAAGAGCGUCUCCGAAUCCCAAAGUGCUACAGAUUCCCAGAACACCCUUGAUGAGGCAUUAGCUUGCGACUGCUACCAGGUGUUAAGCGCUGUAUGUGCUUUACCCCAAGGUCCCGAUCAGCUUUUCACACGCGGAGCCAUUCCGGCUCUAACCAGAGCCGUCCUCAAAAAUCAAACCCUCAGCCAUGAAAAAGGGCUUCCGUUAUUGGGACUUAUAUUAUCUUCCAGCGUAAGACUGCGAGCUUGGGAUAAACACUCGUCUGAUCUGCUUUCGCUGUUGGGGAGCGUCUCGGAAAACUUCUCCCAAGCUUCCAAACAAGCCAGAUUAACCAUGUGCACAAAUAUCCCACUGCUUCUCCCUCCUCCUGGGGUCGAGUCAGAAAACCAGGUGCUUAAGGAGAUUGUGGGUCGUCUAUGGGGUUCACUCCGGCCUUUGGUUCAGGGAAAAAUCAGUAAGGAGCAUUUAGGCCCGGUUUUAGUGGCAUCCGCCUGCCUUCUGGAUCUGUUCGGAUGGGAGUCAACGGGACCGCCUAAGUUCUGUUGUUUACUGGUAAACCGAGCAUGUGUGGAGGUGAGGCUGGGUUUAGAAGAGCUGCCGGGAACUGAGAUCGACCCGCAGCUUCAGCACACGCUCACCGCAUGCUAUCGCAUCAUGGAGGCCGCGAUGGAGCAGGCCUGCAGCCAGGGGGUGCCGUCGAGUCCUUCCCCACCACAGGGGGCGCAGUCGAGUCCUGCCCCGCCACAGGGGGAGCCGUCGAGUCCUGCCCCGCCACAGGGGGUGCUGUCGAGUCCUCUCCCGCCACAGGGUGCGCUGUCGAGUCUUGCCACGCCACAGGGGGCACCGUUGAGUCCUUCCAUGCCACAGGGGGCACCGUCGAGUCCUGCCCCACCACAGGGGGCUCCGUCGAGUCCUGCCCCGCCACUGGCGGCCAUCGCUGGCCUGAGUCUUCAACAGAGCCGGCAGGUCUUAGGAGUUCUGAAGGAGGCCUUCUUUGCUGAGAUGUACUACCUGAAAAGGGUGGACGAGGCCGGCUACGGCGAGCCGUUUCUGUUCGCCACGGUCCGCUCGCUCUGUGCUUGGCUCGCGGAGGAAACCUCGUGUCUGAAGGACGAUGUCAUCGAGCUCCUGCCUUUCCUCAUUGGUUAUGCGAGAAGCCACUUUAAGGGAGGGGUGGAAGGCAAGGGGCUUUCUGAUUGGAUGUCAAAGAUGUCCAUCAGCAACAGAUCACAUGAUGCGACCUGGAGCGGAGAUGCUGCUCUUAGAUAUCUUCUCCCAGCGCUGUGUCACCUCUCAGCUGAAGACGGGCCCCGCCGGGUUCUGCUCUCUCUGGAGACUCCGGCUCUGCUCGUGGACUUUCUAAGAAAAGGUUGGGGGUCGUUGAAGGGCCAGAGCGGGGCGACGGUGACCCGAGACCCGAGUCUCGAAACAGCGUGUUCAGCUUUACUCAACUUCGCCAUCACAGAGCCAGAGCGAGUCAGGAAUGAUCCUUGUUUUGUGGAUCUGGAGAAACUGCUGAGCGAAGCCCUUCCUGUUCUCCUUCAUAAGCCAUGCCUCCUGGUCUUCGCAGCAAACUGUUGCACUCUGGGUCUCAUGAUUGGCCGACUGAGGUCCGCGUCCACAGAGCCUGAAGCGGGCCAGCGGCGGUUCUUCUCCUCAGUUCUGUGCUUCCUGCUGAGCGCCCUGCAGGCGGGACCGGCCCGGGAAGCGGCCCGGAUCAGUGUGCUGUGGGAGGAAUGCUGGGAAGAGGCCGGAGAGCUGUGGAGGCUCAGUCUGCAGGCUCUGGCCGCUUGUAUUCGGGUCCAGUCCUGGAUAACCCGCCUGAUCCGGGACGACCGCUGGCUCCAGAACCUCUUCGCUCGGCUGGGACCCAGUGGGCAUCUCUCGGACCGGGCUUCUCAUGAGGUUCUGGAGGAGGUUCUGUGUGUGGUGGCCCGGCAGAGUCCGGUGUGUGUUGAGGAGAUCCGGGAGCUGCUCAUGAACACAGCAUCUCCUCAGGGAAUGCCUCGGCUCGGCAGAACACUGCUGGAGUCCAACACACGCGUUCAAUAAGACAACAAAUAUACUGACAUAUUUGUAUUUCUCAGUAAAAAAAAUUGUAAAAGGAUUUGUAUACGAUCGGCGGUCGAAGAAUAUCCAGAAAAUUGAAUAAAAAUAUUUUUGAAGUA